GGGGUACUGUAGAAAAAGAGUUAGAAAGGCAGAGAGAAGAAAAGACACAAAACUUGUGACUUGACAAAAGAGGGCAGGUACCAGAAGCAGGACCAUGAAGGCCGGCGUGGUACUCUUCUCUGCAUUGGCUCUGUUCCUCUUGAUGGGGGCAGUGUUCACCCAGAGACCUCGGCCAAAGAAACCCACCAGACGUCCACCCACCUCCAGGAAGCCUGCCCCCCAGCCUGCUGUACCAGCAGUGCCAGAGCCCCAGGAGCCCACAGACUUCCCCCCGCCUAUCCUGGGCCCACCUUCUAUUUUUCCCGACUGUCCCCGAGAGUGUUCAUGCUCCCCAAGCUAUCCAAACUCUCUCAACUGUGAGAACCGGAACAUCCGUGUGAUCCCUAUCAUCCCAUCCAGAACCCACUACUUAUACCUGCAGAACAACUACAUCUCGGAGGUGACAGCAGAAUCGUUUGUCAAUGCCAGUGACGUCCGCUGGAUCAACCUGGCAAACAACCGCAUCCAUCGAAUAGACAAAGAGGUGUUUAAGAAGAUCCCUUCUCUGUUGUACCUCUAUGCACAUCAUAACCAUCUGAAAGAGGUCCCUUCAGGCCUUCCAGCAAGCCUGGAACAGCUUCGCCUCAGUAGGAAUCGCAUUUCCAAGAUCCCUGCUGGUGCCUUCAGCAAGAUGGGGAAUCUGACUCUGCUUGACCUGUACCACAACCAGUUGAGUGACAACGACCUGGGAAAGAACAUAUUUAAGGACUUGAGUGCCCUGAUGCAGCUUAAUCUGGCCAACAAUGUUCUGAAAAAGAUGCCUGCUGGGAUACCAAGUGGCCUCAUACAGCUUUUCCUGGACAGGAACCGUAUUGAUGACAUCCCAAGAGACUACUUCCAAGGAUUCUCUCACCUGGCGUUCGUGAGGCUGAACUACAACCAGCUGAGUGAUAAAGGAGUUCCCAAAAAUGUGUUCAACAUAACCACCCUGCUUGACCUGCAACUCGCCCACAAUCAGCUUGCCUCUGUUCCUCGCUUCAAUGGACACCUGGAGCACCUGCACCUCAACCACAACAGCAUUGAGAGCAUCAACGGCACCCUGCUCUGCCCGUACAGCCUGCAGGCUCUUGAGAGCGAUAACAGCGUGGUGCCCAGAUUAAGGUACCUGCGUUUGGAUGGAAAUCACCUGAGCCCUCCUAUCCCGCUGGAUGUCAUCAUGUGCUUCAGACACCUUCACUCUAUUGUCAUUUAGGAAGUUAAAGGCCCAGGGGCUCGCGCUCACACGCACGCACACGCACGCACACACACACACACACACAGACACACACACACACACACACACACACACACACACACACACACACACACACACACACACACUCACAUAAUGAGGAAUUGUUUUACUGAAAGACUCCAAAUACAUCCAUAAAGCUUUGACGGUUCAAGCUUUUCGACUUUGAGGAUAAGUUGCCAAAAAUUGGAUAUGACUUUUGGGGUUACGUUUUGGUAGGAGUUGCAAUUUAUCAGUCUUUUUUUGUUUGUUUUUCUUUUUGUUUAUGAAUAUACAAUUUAAAAAAUUGAAUGAGGAAAUCCUGAAAAUACAGGUACAUUGACAGACAUGCUACAGAUAUGUAGGGUAGUUAUGUUCAUAAGCAGAUGUGACCAGAGUAGAGCUGCAACCAUGUAGAACAGACAGACCUGCAUUUGAAGAACCAGUUUAAACAUAACUACCAUGUAGUUGAAACUGUCCAAAAUGUGCCUGUGAUUUUCAAGGUACUCCAUGUAAAAAUCUCAUAUUAGUCUUUUUAUUCAUAUUCUUCUGUAUAUUAUUCUUCUGUAUAAAGAAUCUUUGUACAAAUAAUGAAAAAAUAAAAGUUUUUUCUUUGG